UUAGAGGUGGGGGGAGGGGGGCUGCGUACGCGACGGAGCUGGGUGCGAAGAUGGCGGACGAGGAGGCCGAGCAGGACAGAGGUAGCGUCGGCGCCGAGAGCGGCCUCCUGGAUAUGCCGAGCCUGAAGAAGAGGCUGCUGGAGCUGGAAACGGAGCUAAGGGAAAGACGGAACCAGUCAGCCGUGGAAGCGGCCACCGAAUACUGUCAGCAGCUGUGCCAGACCCUUCUUGAAUAUGCAGAAAAGUGGAAGACAUCUGAGGAUCCCUUGCCUUUGUUGGAGGUAUAUACACAGGCAAUCCAUGGAUAUAUAAAAGCAAGACCUUACCUUACCUCCGAGUGUGAAAAUGUAGCCUUUGUGCUUGAACGCUUAGCUCUAAGCUAUGCCGAACUUUUGCUAUGCUUGCCUCUUGAACUGCCUGAAAAUCGAUGGAAAGAGUUUCAGUCAUUUAUUCAAAUGGCACAUACAAAAUUAAUGCAAAAUGGCAGCCAUCAAUUACAUAUUUUAUCUGUUCUUGCCCAAGAGGAUGGAACAUGGAAGAAUCCAGUUCUUUGCAACAUUCUUACCCAAGAGAUGCUGGAUUGGGAUAAGGUGAAUAAAUUUUUAGCCUUUGAAGGCCCUGUGCUGCUGGAUAUGCGUAUUAAGCAUUUGGUGAAAACAAAGCAAUUAUCUCAAGCAACCGCAUUAGCAAAAGUGUGCUCAGACCAUCCAGAAAUCAGCAGCAAAGGCAAUUUUAAGCAAACCUAUCUAGUCUGUCUUUGUUCUGGGUCACCAAAUGAAAAACUAAUGCAAGAGAUUGCAGAUAUAGACUGUAAAGAUGCUUUAGAAAUGAUCUGUAACUUAGAAUCAGAAGGGGAUGAAAAGAGUGCUCUGAUUCUGUGUGCAGCAUUCUUAUCUCGGCAGCUACAGCAAGGAGAGAUGUAUUGUGCAUGGGAACUGACUCUCUUCUGGAGUAAACUACAGCAAAGGGUAGAACCUUCUAUACAAAUAUAUUUGGAGAGAUGCCGUCAACUAUCUGUAUUAACAAAGACUGUGUACCACAUUUUCUUCCUGAUUAAAGUAAUAAAUUCUGAGAUUGAUGCUGCUGGUCUUGCAACCUGUAUUGAACUUUGUGUGAAAGCAUUACGCUUGGAGGCUAGUGAGAAUACAGAAGUCAAAAUUUCCAUUUGCAAGACAAUAUCUUGCUUAUUGCCUGAUGAUUUAGAAGUUAAACGUGCUUGCCAACUAAGUGAAUUUCUUCUUGAACCUACUGUGGAUGCAUAUUAUGCCGUAGAAAUGUUGUAUAAUCAGCCUGACCAGAAAUAUGAUGAAGAAAACCUUCCAAUUCCAAAUUCAUUACGCUGUGAGCUUUUACUUGUAUUAAAAACUCAGUGGCCUUUUGAUCCAGAAUUUUGGGACUGGAAAAUGCUAAAACGUCAGUGUUUAGCAUUGAUGGGAGAAGAGGCAUCAAUUGUAUCUUCAAUAGAUGAACUGAAUGAUAGUGAAAUGCAUGAAAAGGUAGAGGACUGUCAAGAUGAGAACAAAGACACUUCAGCAAAUGGGCUUUCUGGAUGUUUCGAUGAAGCUACAAACUUGCUCAGAGGCAUUAGAGAUAAGAAACAGAAAAACAGAGAAAUUAAAAAAUUAAGGGAGAGGGGAUUCAUAUCUGCUAGGUUCAGGAACUGGCAAGCAUACAUGCAAUAUUGUGUGCUGUGUGAUAAGGAAUUUCUUGGACAUAGAAUAGUCAGGCAUGCACAGAAACACUACAAGGAUGGGAUUUAUAGUUGUCCAAUAUGUGCACAAAAUUUUAAUUCUAAAGAAACUUUUGUUCCUCAUGUAACGCUACAUGUUAAGAAAUCCAGUAAGGAAAGACUAGCUGCAAUGAAACCACUGAGAAAAUUAGGAAGGCCACCCAAAACAGCAACCACUGGUAUAAACAGAAAGAACAAUACCUUAGUAAAGCAAGAACAACGACACAUAAAAAAGAACAGUCUUUAUGCGGCAGACUUCAUUGUUUUUAAUGACAACGAUGGCUCAGAUGAUGAAAAUUAUGACAAAGACAAACCUUACAUUCCAGAAGUAAUUCCAGUUCAAAAGCCAUUGCCUGUCAAUGAGUUUACUUGCCCUGUUACCUUGUGUAAAAAAGGCUUUAAAUACUUCAAGAAUUUGAUUGCCCAUGUAAAAGGUCACAGAGAUAAUGAAGAAGCUAAACGCUUUCUUGAAAUGCAGAGCAAAAAAGUAAUUUGCCAGUACUGUAGACGACAUUUUGUAAGUGUUACCCAUCUUAAUGAUCAUUUACAAAUGCACUGUGGUAUCAAACCUUAUAUUUGUAUACAGAUUAAGUGUAAGGCUAGCUUUAACAGUUAUGCUGAACUUUUGAGUCACAGAAAAGAACACCCAGUCUUUAGGGCACGAUGCAUGUUUCCCAAAUGCGGGAGAGUAUUUUCAGAAGCAUAUUUGCUUUAUGAUCAUGAAGCUCAGCACUAUAAUACUUUCACCUGCAAACUUGCAGGUUGUGGGAAAGUUUAUCACUCACAGAAUGAAUUAGAAAAGCAUAUUGAAGAUCACACUAAAUCUGAAAAAAUAUUACCAUCUGAUGGUGAUGGUAGCUGUUCUCAGAGUUUAGAAAAUAAUGAAAAUAAUGAAGAAGUCCAUCCAGAAGAGACGCUGGUGCUACCACCUGACAAUAAUGUAAAUAACUGUGCCAAAGUAGAAGAUUAUGUCACAGAUGAGAUCCAUGAUGAAUCACUUGAGUCUGAAAAUACGAAACAAUCGACCAAUGUACUGGAGCAGCCUAAUUCAAUCUCCGUUCAUAGUGGGGAACAACAUUUGACUACUGCAGCAAGGACAGGAUCAUUAGGUCCAGCCAGCAAUGUUUUGAUACCUCUUCUAGGCCAAAAAAUUCGAGAGAACAUGGCAAAAAAAGGAAAACUGCCUGCUGUAAAUACUGCCAUAGAUGUUGGUGCAUCUGUCAUCCAUCCGUUUUGCUCAACAGUUGAAGAUACUUGCAGUGACCUUUCUGUUUUCCAUGAAGGGAAGGAGGAUGGUUGUGUUGGUGAGCCUCAAACCAUUUCCACAGACUCAGCAAAGCUUGAACCUGAUGCUCUUGCAACAAAAAGUCAAGAAAAAAAGAGUAGCCAUAUGUCCUUCAGCACGCAAAAUCAGUUGGAGUGUCAGAAUUUGCUCUCUCCAAAGCCUCAGCUUGAAGAAAGUGUUAGGCCAGCUGUUAAUCUCUAUAAUCAGCCUCUGAAAAAUUUAGGAGAAAUUCCACUUGCUUCUACCCAGAACAUUGUAGGCACUGCUUUUUUACCUAUUGUACCAUUGGCAGCUCCAGUUCAGAGGUUUACUUGCCAGGUUGAAGGAUGUACGCGAAUCUACAAUUCUUCUCAGAGUAUUGGAAAGCAUAUGAAGACAUCACAUCCUGAUCAAUAUGCUGAAUUUAAAAUGCAGUGGAAGAAUAAGAAGAGUAAAAAAAUAAGUUUGCAAAACCAGCCAAAUGACAACAAACCAGUUUACUUUUUACCAUCACAAGUAUCUACUCCUGCUAUUGAUGCUUUUCCUCAACAAACCAAAACCACCUUAAAUCCUACUUGUACAAGUCAGCUGCAGCAACUGUCAAAUGUUCUUUUUCCAACACGUUUGGAGAAUACAACUAACUCACUAUUACCAAUAGUGGAAAAUGUUGGUCUCCCUUCUCAUAUUAAAAAUGAAUCAGAAAAUGCUUUAAGCUCUCAGUUGGCAAGUAUGUCCAGUGCAACUUUACCUUCACAGAUGGAUGAUUUAGAGAAGCCAGUUAUGCCUUUGAACAUCGACAGUGGUUCUGAUCCUUUUCUUCCUUUACCAGCAGAAAAUGGGCUCAUUUCUCUUUUUCCUUCCCCAGCUCACAAUAGUCCAAGUUCUGUCUUCUCACAAAUGGAGAACGCCAAUCAUUUUUCCUCCCAACUAGAAGGAAAUACAAAUUCUUUUUCAAAAGAGGAAAGUGUUGACAUACUCUUUCCUUCACAAAUAAAUAACGAAAGUCACUUCGGUGAAACCACUCCCCAGCCUCUUAUAUCAGAAAAAACGAAAAAGGAUCGUAGGCGAGGUACAGAUGGAAAAGACAAAAAGCCAAAGCAUAAUAAGCGAGCAAAAUGGCCAGCAAUUAUCAGGGAUGGCAAAUUUAUUUGUAGUAGAUGUUACAGGGUUUUUUCCAAUCCUAGAUCACUUGGUGGUCAUCUGUCUAAACGAUCUUAUUGCAAACCUUUGGAUGAAUCUGAAAUUUCCCCUGAAGUUCUCCAGCUUAAUGGACAAUCCUCCCUACUUGCAAGUAUGAUUCUUUCUUCAAAUGCUUUAAGCUUACAGCAGCAACAGGAGUCAACUUACAAUCCAGAUGCAUGUUUUAAGGAACCAUCAUUUCUACAGCUGCUUGCUAAUGAAAAUCGGCCAACUGCCAUUUUGCAGAAUUUAUUUCCACGGACGAACAUGACAAGUUUUAAUCCAAAUGAAAAUGAUGAAGGAAAUGAAAUUAUCAAACAAGCUUUGGAAACUGCAGGAAUUCCAAGCACUUUUGAUUCUGCAGAUACAUUACCACAUAUAAUUACUACCAACUGUGUUACUAGCACCACACAAAUAAAUACAACAGUUUUACCAAAUCCAGGCAUAUCACCUUCAUUACCAACAAGUUGCAACCCAUCUACCUUGCUCACAGACCAAAACAGAACACUUAACACCAAAAUUUCAUCAGAAGAAUGCAACAGUUUACCUGUGUUUUCAGAUGAUUUAAUACUUAAGACUAUUGAAAAUGGCUUGUGCCCUCAUCUGGUUCCUAAUUCUGCUGCCACAACACAUAAUUUGGGAAACAGUCUUCCACGUGUUUCAGUCAUAAGUAGCAUCAAAAAUUCAGAAGUAUGUAGUUUAACUAAAAAAGAGAAUAGUGGUUCAAAGAAAAAGAAGAAAACACCUGUCCCAUUGGUUGUACCUCACAUUCCACAAAAGUUGGUAGUUAAUGAUUUAGCAGGUUUAGGGCUUAUCACUAGAAAUGUCGAACAGAAUAUGCAAGCAACAGCAGAAAAUUUUCAGUCAAAUAUAAUAGCAAAUAGUGAAACACAAGGAUUAGUGGAAAAUCUUACAAAGAAAUUAAGUAACGUUAACAGUGGAUUAACAGCAGAUAUCAAAGAAAACUUAAAGUCAAGUGAAAAUCAUGUAGAAAUCGUUCCCUUGCCAUUGAAAAAUGAAAAUGGUGAUUCUCGGGUUACUCUGGAAUGUUGCAUUCCAGAGAAGUCCAGUUUUGAGAUUUCAAAUGAUAACAUUGUUCAGAACUUUGAAAAAACCCUUGAAAUAAUUAAAACAGCUAUGAAUUCUCAGAAGAUAGAAGUUAAAAGUGAAAUUCAAGAGAUAUCCAUUGAAGCAAUACGAAGCCCACAAAACGAUACUGCUCAAUGUGUUUUUGAAAAUCCUGCACAACUCCCUAAACCUAAUUCUACUCAAUGUAUAACACAUACACAGAAUAUCGCCCUUGCUGAAGCCUCUCAUAAAGAUGAUUUUCAACUUAUGGAAAUUUUAGAAGGCUUGAAAAAGCUGAAUUUAGAAAGUGAAACAUCAAAUCAAGUACUAGAUAAUAUAACUCAUUGUCUUCCAGCAAAUACAUUAAUGCCACAAGUCCUUAUUCCAGGUGUAACACCUGAGACAACAUCUCUUGUCCAGACAACUUCAGAAACACAUCCAAUGUUUGUUGAAAAAGUUCAUAAGCCAUUUACUUGCCAGGCUGCAGGUUGUAAUUAUAGUGCCAUGACAAAGGAUGCAUUAUUUAAGCACUAUAGCAAAAUACAUCAGUACACUGCAGAAAUGAUUCUUGAAAUUAAGAAACACCAGUUAAAGUAUGCUCCAUUUAAAUGUGUGGUUGCUAACUGUCCCAAAACCUUUACAAGAAAUUCUAACCUCCGGGCGCACUGCCAGCUGGUACAUCAUUUUACAACAGAAGAAAUGGUAAAAUUAAAACUAAAAAGGCCUUAUGGACGACGAUCCCAAAGCAAAACCCUAAAUGUGUUACCAAGACCUAAUGAAGUCAGAAACAUGCCAUAUGUGUUAAUAGAAAGUAAACAAGAGUCGCACUUGACUAAGGAGCUUGAUCUAAAGAAAGAACCAGUCAUGGAAUCUAUGAAGGUUCCAGAAAGAUUGAUACCAGAAGCAGCAAUACCAGAAAAUACUUCUGAUAAAUCUGAAAAAUUAGAAAAACCCUCCCAAAUAAUUCCAGUUUCUCUGGAAAUUCAUAAUAUAUCCAUACUUAAUAAUAAUCAAGUGCAGCCCAAAUUACGUAAGAUCAGAAGGCAUAGGAAAGAAGAAGAAAAAAAGAACAAAAAGCCAAUUCCCAAGCCUUUGGAAUUGCCCACUAGUUAUAAUCCUUAUAGACCUUACAAGUGUGUGCAUCAAGGUUGUUUUGCAGCUUUUACAAUACAACAGAAUUUGAUUCUGCACUAUCAAGCUGUACAUAAAUCUGACCUACCAUUAUUCUCUUUGGAGGCAGAAGAAGAAAGUGAACCGAGUAAAGAAGAAGAGGCUAGUAAGGAAGAAGAGAGUGAUGCGACUGAAACUGUGAAAGAAUUCAGAUGUGAAGUAAGAAAUUGCUCUAGGAUAUUUCAAGAAGUUACUAGUCUUUUUCAACACUAUAUGAAACUUCAUGAGAUGACUCCUGAAGAAAUUAGCAGAAUGAAGUCAUCCUUGGAUGUUGGAAGAUUCCUCUGUGAUCAAUCUGAAUGUAAAUCAUCAUUUACAACAUAUGUUAAUUAUAUUACUCACCUUGAGACAGAUCAUGACAUAAAAAUAAAGCAGAGCAAAACAGAAGAUUGCAUGUACAAAUGUGAUUGUGAAGGUUGCGAUCGUAUUUAUGCAACAAGAUCUAAUCUUCUAAGACACAUUUUUAAUAAACACAAUGAUAGGCAUAAAGAUCAUUUAAUAAGACCUAGGCGAUUCCUAACACCAGGUCAGGAAAAUAUAUCAAUUAAAGCUAAUCAGGAGAAAGUAAUGAAAAUUAAAUACAAAGGAUUAAAAUACAGGACAGGAAAAAAUGGAAACAGGAUAUCGUUUAGAGCCAAGCGAAGAAAAGCAAUAAAUGUAGAAGACAGAAACUUCCAACUAGGGCAAAUUGAUGGAAAUCAGACAUAUUCUUUAAAAUGUGGAAAGUAUAUUUAUUCAGUAAAGGCAAAAGAUGAUGCUUUAUCUGAAUGCAGUAACAAAUUUAUUGUACAAUAUCCAUGUAUGAUAAAAGGUUGUUCAUCAGUUGUUACAAGUGAGAAUAAUGUAAUUCGGCACUAUAAAUGUCAUAAAUUAUCUAAAGCAUUUACUUUACAACAUCGGGAUCUCUUGAUUGUCUCAAGUAAGCAUGCAAGACCUUCCGGAAAAGAGGUUUUCUCGCAAAACGAAGCAACUGAGGACAAGGUUUGUGAAGUAAAAGAAGUGCAGCCGCCCUUGCCAGACACUUGUGAGGACUUGAGACUGUCUCCACUGGUGAUGCCAAAAGAACCAGAAAAGACUGAGAAGGAUGAAGUGGAUGAGCUUGCAGAACUGUUUAUUACCAAACUUAUUAAUGAGGAUCUAGCAAGUUCAGAAAACCAUGUAAAGGCCUCUCCUGGUGUAAAUAAUGACUGUCAGGAAACUAGUUCUUCUCUUUCAGAAAAGCAAAGCAUAAGCAGUAAUUUUAAAAGAGUAAACAAAGAAAAAAAUAUAUCCCAAAGUAAAAAGAGAAAAGUUGAAAAGCAGGAAGAAAUCUUGGCUGUUGAAUUAAGCAGUGUGCAUAGGGAACAAGAAAGUGCUGUUGCUAUUCAAACUGUUGAAGAACAGUCUUCGACUUUUGAUUGGAGUUCAUUUAAGCCCAUGGGAUUUGAAGUAUCUUUCCUCAAGUUCCUUGAAGAAUCUGCAGUGAAGCAGAAGAAAAACACAGAAAGGGGGGGUUAUAAUAAUUGUGGAACCAGGAAACGUUCUCAUUCUAACGCAAGAAAGUCUAAUGAAAAGAACUCUGUUGUGAGAACACGAUCAUGUUCAGAAAGUGAAACACGUGUACAGUUUGUUAAUCCAUCACAAUUUCAGUGUAGUGGUACUGUAAAAAUAGUUUUAGAUAAGACUUUUAAAGAUUGCACUGAGCGUGUAUUGAAGCAGCUUCAGGAAAUGAAACCUAUUGUCAGUCUAAUAAGACUUGAUGGACAUUGGGAAGCUAAACUAGAGGUUACAAAAUAAUCAGGUAAUAUGAGCGGGCUCCUUGUUCUGAUCAUUAAUGUAUAUCUGUACCACAUUUUUUUUAUUUUGAGUAGGAAGCCAUUGAGCAUGAUGCUAUUUCUUAAAGUGUUUUUUGUUUUUGUUUUGUUUUGUUUUUUUGAAGUGAUUUAACCUAGUAAGUUCAUGACAGUUGUCAUGUAAAUUUAUUUUUUAUCCCUAUGGGACUUGGAACAGAAUCAUUGUUUCAGUUUUGUAAAUAAUUGAACAAAACCUCAAUUUUUUAUCAAAAUUUGUCCUUUUCCAUGACUGAAAUCUUUGUGAAUUGUCUGUGGUAUCUUUCGCCGGGUCACUGCUCAUAUAUAACAGUACUUUUUAUUUGUAGAUACAUUUUUGUAUAUAUUUAUUAUUGUAAAUCAUUUGCUGCAAAUGGCAGUCUGUAAGUCUGAAAUAUUAAAUGACACAUUUAUAUUCAGAAUUUUAAUUUGUAACUAAGUGAUCCAGUUUUUAAAAUGUUCUUUUAAACUUAAAACUUUUUGAAGUAAAAACUACAAUAGGUGAGUUUACCAUAUCCAAUUUAUUUUGCCUAAACUGUGUGUAUAGGAGAGAAAGUUAUCAGAUCACAUUUAAAUGGUUAAAAUACAUACUGACACAGUUGUAUUUGUAACUGCAAGUGUCCAAUAUUAUUGGAUAGUAUUUAUAUGUAGCUAACUCAAAAAGUUUUCCUACAACUGCAUUAUGCAUUGCUUUUAAUCAGAUCGAAAACUUCCACUUCCAUAAAAUGAUGGAAAUGUAAAAUUUAAAUACUUUGCUGGCAAUGAAAAUUUAAACACCAUUUGGUAUUAAACAAUCCAUCGUGAAUGUGCUAGAAAAUUAGUAGUGUGGAGCAGUGUAUAUAUUUGAGGUGGUGAUUUGUGAAGUAGCCCAGUAUUGCCUUAAAUAAAAUCACAUUUCAUU